AUGGAUCAGCUCUUCACCUUCAUCCUGCUCUUGCUGAAUUUGUCUGGAACGCUUACCAAGUACAUUUAUGUUGACCAGAAAAGGGAUUGGCUUGAAGCUCAGAGUUACUGUCGGCAGAACUACACAGACCUGGCCCCUCACUACACAGACCUGGCCCCUGUCAGUAACGACAAGGAUGCCAACAAACUUCAGCAGCGCUCCAGCAAUGUCAAUGACUUUAUCUGGAUAGGACUCGUGAGAAAUAGCUCAAACAGAAUGCAAUGGCUGUGGUCAGGAGGUGGAGUGGCAUCCACGUGUUUCUGGAAACCAGGUGAACCUAAUGACUUUAACGGGAAUGAAGAUGGUGGCUGUGUGUGGAAUAAAAUGUGGAAUGAUGAAAAUCUACAGCAUCAAAAAACCUUCUUCUGUUACGGUGCCAUUGUGGUGAAGGAGAAAAAGACUUGGGAGGAAGCUCUGGAGUACUGCAGGGAGCACCAUGAUGACCUGGCCAGUGUGGCAUCUGAAACUGAGAUGCUGCUCAUCCAGAAAGAGCUGAGCAAACAUAACACCACUGAUCACAUCUGGACUGGAUUGCGCUUUCUGGCUGGGGACUGGCUGUGGGUGGACGGGCAGGAGAUGGACUAUGAGGCCUGGGGUGAAGAAGGAAAACCAUCAUGUCCACAUGCUAAGAUAAAGUGUGGAGCCUUACAGGUGACAGGAGGGAACAAGGCUGUUUGGGACGCUCAUGACUGUGAGGAGAAACUACAUUUUAUUUGCUACUGA